UUUUUUUUUUUUUUUGAAACAGAGUCUCGCUCUUGUCGCCCAGGCUGGAGUGCAAUGGCGUGAUCUCGGCUCACUGCAACCUCCGCCUCCUGGGUUCAACGAUUCUUCUGCUUCAGCCUCCUGAGUACCAGGGAUUACAGAUGCGCACCACCACACCCUGCUAAUUUUUUUGUAUUUUUAGUACAGACGGGGGUUUCUCCUUGUUGGCCAGGCUGGUCUCGAACUCCUAACCUCAGGUGAUCCACCCGCCCCAGCCUCCCGAAAUGCUGGGAUUACAGGCUUGAGCCACCGCGCCCGGCCAUGAGUAGGUAUUAUUCUAUUUCACUACUGUGGAUAGUGAACCAUAAAGACAUUAAAAUAAUUUGCCUUAAGUUCCUGUACCAUAUGUAGUGGAACUGAGCUUCGCAGCCAGGCAAUCUGACUUCAGAGUUCAACUUAACUUCAAGGCCCUUCGUAGUCAGAAUCCUUUGUAUGUGAUUCCAACAGGUUAACUCCGUUAGGGCAGAGGGCUAUUUUAUGCUCAAUAUGGAACCCUGGAUGGCCAACACAGCGUUUGGCACGUAAGAGGUGGUCCAGGGGCAUUUGAUGACCUCCAGGCAGUGGAGGGGCAGUCGAGGAAGACCAGGGCCCCAGGCGCCUACGUGGGCGGAAUGCACAAGCUUGGGUCUUGGCGGCCGGGGCUCCACGUCCCAGCACUAGCCAACGAGGGCCUCGGCCGCGCGCGAAUAUUCGUGCCUUCCUCGCUGCGAGGCUUUCCGAAUCUUGGCCACGAGCUAAAGGCGGGGUCGCCGGACCGGUAGCAACCGGAGACACUCAGCCCCGCAGCAGGAAAUGCGCCUCGUGGCUUCCGGCGCGUGCAGAUGACGCGCGGCUCGGGCUUCCGCCUUGGGAAGCGGGCGGCGGAGCCCGGGACGCGGAGACCUGGGGUCGCAGCAGCUGGGCGGCCCGCGGGCCCAGGGUGGGAAUGCACCGCCGUGGGGUGGGAGCUGGCGCCAUCGCCAAGAAGAAACUUGCAGAGGCCAAGUAUAAGGAGCGAGGGACGGUCUUGGCUGAGGACCAGCUAGCCCAGAUGUCAAAGCAGUUGGACAUGUUCAAGACCAACCUGGAGGAAUUUGCCAGCAAGCACAAGCAGGAGAUCCGGAAGAAUCCUGAGUUCCGUGUGCAGUUCCAGGACAUGUGUGCAACCAUUGGCGUGGAUCCGCUGGCCUCUGGAAAAGGAUUUUGGUCUGAGAUGCUGGGCGUGGGGGACUUCUAUUACGAACUAGGUGUCCAAAUUAUCGAAGUGUGCCUGGCGCUGAAGCAUCGGAAUGGAGGUCUGAUAACUUUGGAGGAACUACAUCAACAGGUGUUGAAGGGAAGGGGCAAGUUCGCCCAGGAUGUCAGUCAAGACGACCUGAUCAGAGCCAUCAAGAAACUAAAGGCACUUGGCACUGGCUUCGGCAUCAUCCCUGUGGGCGGCACUUACCUCAUUCAGUCUGUUCCAGCUGAGCUCAAUAUGGAUCACACCGUGGUGCUACAGCUGGCAGAGAAGAAUGGCUACGUGACUGUCAGUGAGAUCAAAGCCAGUCUUAAAUGGGAGACCGAGCGAGCGCGGCAAGUGCUGGAACACCUGCUGAAGGAAGGGUUGGCGUGGCUGGAUUUACAGGCCCCAGGGGAGGCCCACUACUGGCUGCCAGCUCUCUUCACUGACCUCUACUCCCAGGAGAUUACAGCUGAAGAGGCCAGAGAAGCCCUCCCCUGACUGCGUGUGGAACGGCACACAGCAGCAGGCAGGGAGGAGGAGGAGGGCAAAUAAACCUGGGUAGUUUUGUUUAUAAAAAAAAAAAAAAUAGAAAAAGUUCCAAGUUUUUCUUUC